AUGGCGGCUCUCGGCGUCGUCUGCCUGCUGCUCUGCGUGGCAUCCUGGUCGCCCGCCUCAGCUUCGGGCGAAGAGUUCUGGCCUGGCCAGUCGGCGGCCGACAUUCUGUCGGGGGCCGCGUCCCGCCGACGAUACCUUCUCUAUGACGUCAACCCGCCCGAAGGCUUCAACCUGCGCAGGGAUGUCUACAUCCGCAUGGCUUCCCUGCUGAAGACUCUGCUGAGGACCGAGGAGUGGGUCCUCGUCCUGCCCCCGUGGGGCCGCCUCUACCACUGGCAGAGCCCCGACAUCCAUCAGGUCCGAAUCCCCUGGGCCGAGUUUUUUGAUCUUCCAAGUCUCAAUAAAAACAUCCCUGUCAUCGAGUAUGAGCAGUUCAUUGCAGAGUCAGGUGGGCCCUUCAUUGACCAGGUCUACGUCCUGCAGAGUUACGCCGAGGGCUGGAAAGAAGGGGCCUGGGAGGAGAAGAUCAACGAGCGGCCCUGUCUCGACCAGCUCCUCUACUCCCAGGACAAGCACGAGUACUACAGGGGAUGGUUUUGGGGCUAUGAAGAGACGAGGGGCUUGAACGUUUCCUGCCUGUCUGUCCAAGGAUCUGCGUCCAUCAUCGCACCCGUUCUUCUGAAGAACACCUCAGCACGGUCUGUGAUGUUGGACAGAGCUGAGAACCUGCUGCACGACCACUAUGGAGGGAAAGAGUACUGGGAUACGCGGCGGAGCAUGGUCUUCGCCAGGCACUUGCGAGCAGUUGGGGACGAGUUCAGGAGCCGCCACCUCAACUCCACCAAUGAAGCGGACAGGAUCCCCUUCGAGGAGGACUGGACCAAGAUGAAGGUCAAGCUGAGUUCUUCGCUGGGGGGUCCCUACCUUGCUGCUCACCUGAGGAGGAAGGACUUUAUCUGGGGGCACAGAGAGGACAUGCCCAGUCUGGAAGGCGCUGUGAAGAAGAUCCGCAGCCUCAUGAAGACCCACCACCUGGAGAAGGUGUUUGUGGCCACCGAUGCAGUGAGGAAGGACUAUGAAGAGCUGAAGAGACUUCUGCCCGAGAUGGUGCGGUUCGAGCCCACGUGGGAGGAGCUGGAGCUCUACAAAGACGGGGGCGUGGCCAUCAUCGACCAGUGGAUCUGCUCCCAUGCCAGGUUUUUUAUUGGCACCUCGGUCUCAACGUUUUCUUUCCGAAUUCACGAAGAGAGAGAGAUCCUGGGCUUGGACCCCAAGACCACGUACAACAGGUUCUGUGGGGACCAGGAGAAAGCCUGUGAGCAGCCCACCCACUGGGAGAUCGUGUACUGAGGCGCUGCUGUGCCCGUCCCCCGCGGGUGCUCCUUCCCAGGGUCUUGGAGUCCCGUGCUGGCAGGGAGGCAGGUGGGCACGCCAAUGCCCCUGACAGGGCCCCAGGCCCGAGGAGGUGGCCCGAGCAGAGCCGAGGUGGAGCCUGGGGCCCAGGUGCGUGCAGCGGCCCUGCCGGCUGGGAGAGUGCAUUGCCGCUCUGCACGGACUGGUGGCGGGCCGGGCCGCGCCUGUGAGCGCACCUAUGCUGUGUGAUAGACAGAAAUAGUGUUUGCCGUAGCUGCGGUUUGGGGGCUGGCCUCCAGCUCCCGUUCCUGCUUAUUCUGAACGAGGCGUGGGUAGUGCCCAGGGCCCGGCUGUGUGCUGCACUCCUGGCUGACCGCGCGCGGACGUGUCCCGAUGCUGGACGUCUCCUCAGGGGCGACAGAAGAGCCUCUGCCCAUCCGCAGGCGCGCUUCCUCCAGUGGCCUCAUUGGUCCGCUGCGUGGGCCCGGGAGGAGGGCAGAGGCUCCGGGGGUGUGUGCCCCUUCUCCCCACCUGAUGGGUGCCAGAAUGUCUCAGGCCGGUCUUCAGAGUGCGGGCCAGCUGCUCACAGCCUGUGCUGCCGCCUCCACUGCCCUGCUCGCGUCCACCCACGACCUCGGGAGCUGUGGGCACAGCGUGGGCGAGGACUGAUGGCACACACACUGGCUUCGAGGGCACCUCAGGUCCACCGCCGCCUGCUCGGGGCUCGUCUGGGGCAGGUGCCCCUCCCGGUGCUUCAGCGCUGCUGCUGUGGGGCAUCUCUGCCAAAGAGGCGCCGUUGGACAGACGGCCGCCGAGAGGGGCACCCGAGCUCUCAAGAUGGCACCCACCACCCUCCCUCCCACCCGGAAGCCCCACCAUCUUUUCCCGCCACAGUGCGUGACCAUCAGCCAAGGAGUGGCAGGCAGGACGGGAGCCUUCGGACCCAGACACUGCCCUCAGUCGGCGCUGGCUCUGUUUCUCUGGCUUCCCUCCGGAGCCUUUCCACAUGCCUCCCUCGUCUUACUCUGCCGUCCGUCCGUGCCGGAGCGGUCCUCGCCGCUGAGCAGGGUGAAAUGAUGCAGUAUUUAUUCUUUUUCCAUUUGUACGUGCAGAUGUUGUUAAUAAAGGUAAUUUUGUAGGAA